AUUCCCAUUUCAUCGUCUCGCACUUCCCCAUACCUCUCUAUCCAUCUCCCCACUUCCCACACGCCGAUCGCACCGAAAAUUAUCCACCAUGGCCACCGCCGCACGCUCCAUCGCCUUCCCUCCCCCUCUGGCUUUCGUUUGCGAUCCGCAGAGCUCAAAAUGGUCCAGUAUUUGGAGCUCUAGCUCGGUUCAGGCCAUGAUGCCGAAGAAGGGGCUGCUGCAGACGCUGAGGUUGAGGGCGAAGGGAGUUGGCUGCGUUCGAGCCGGGGAGCGAGUAGAUGUGGACGUGAAGAAGGCCGGAGUGAAGGGGGAUGUCCUGCCGUCUGGCGAGUGGGCAGAGAAUUUUUCCUUGUUAAACUAUGAGGAUUUGUCCAAGUACUACGAAGAUGUUCUGUUCAAGCCCGAGGCGCAGCCGUCCACACACCUGGCGGAUGUGAUGUCGAAGACCAUCUUUACAGCGUCUCCAGAGCAAGCUCUCGAAGAGAUCGACCACUAUUUUGCUGAUAUUACAGGUGUUCCAGUCGUCGACUCUGAUCACCGAUGUGUUGGAGUCCUUUCGAAGAAGGACCGAACGAAAGCAUCUAGUUUGAAGGCUAAAGUAAAAGAGGUCAUGAGCUCCCCUGCAAUCACUUUGCCUGCUGAUAAGAUCGUUUCUGACGCUGCAGUUUUGAUGCUGAAGAACAAGAUUCAUCGUAUUCCUAUUGUGAAUGACUCCAACCAAGUUGUUGGUAUUGUGACAAGAACUGAUAUAUUCAGUGCAUUGGAAGGAGGCAGUGACAAGAAGUAGGCUAUGCGAUGCCGCUGUGUGUAGAAGUGGUGUGAAUGUCAUUAUAUGUUGUUAUGGACGAUGCCUGCAUUUAAUCAUCCAUGUGAGUGUUACCUGCCCGAUCUGCAAGGAUGCAUAUUCGGCAACCUUAUCUAGCUGGUUGAGAACAGAAUCGUAGGGAACGUAAUCAAACAAAAUCUGUCGAAUUUGCUGCAAGAUAAAGUGAUUCCCUCACUGCAGUGUUAGAUCUGGUAGGUUCCAAGUCUGCAAUGGGUAAAUACGAGAGGUAAGGAAUGAAACCUUGCUAAAUCCUACUUACUGAAGUCCCUAGGGAGGAUCGGUAAGGGUUUCUGGACGUAAAAGAACUUGUUUUAUACGACUUUUAGAUGACUUGUCUAGACCAGGCUGAACCUGGUAUGCUUGUUUAGAUGCUUUGGUUCUGAAACAUUAACGUGACAUUGAAACCCGUGGUCUCGUAAAUUGGAAAGAUGCAGACUGUUACACUCCA